CCUCUCUGUUCGACUCAACUAGAAAAUGGCUCAUCUUGGACAGAAACAGUAAUAUUACAGACACUAAUUACGGUGAUAUUGCAAACCACAACUCCAAUAUUUCAGCAGACAUUUAUAUGAGGUUCAAUGACCUCAAUAUUAGCGUAAAUACCGACUUGAUUCUAUCUUAUGCGAUCGAAGACGGAUAUAAAAUGUAUGAGAUAUAUAAUUACGGGAAAAUACAGGGCGGUGAGCUAAUCAUAAAUGAUUUGGGUAUAUUGAACUACAGUAAAGGGUUCAAUGAAGAAUUAAAUGAAUAUAAGUAUUAUAAGAGGUGGAACUUUAAACAAUUGGCAUUGAGGAUGAUUGUGGUUAUGUCUAUACCGACAAAGGUCUUUGACCCUGUCUGGUGGGAAGACAGACGACCAACACCCGGUCUAGCGACUGUACAAAAAACAGCAGGGAUAAUCUUUAAUCAAAUCGCUGAAAUACACAAUUUAAAGUACGCUUAUACUAUAGUGGACAGAUGGAUAGGUAGCUUUAACUACAACGACUCGCGUAAAGUAGUUGCCACAUCAAUGUACUACAAGUUCCAAGAUAUAAGCCCAAUAUUGAGAUUUAAUACGGAACUCGUCUCUAAGAUUGAAAUAGUCCACCCGCCGCUGACUUCCAUUGAGACCAGAUAUUACUACAGAAUACCAACAUACGGUCCGGGAAAGUUCGAGAAUCAGUUCCUACGCCCCCUCAGUCCUGGUGCAUGGUUAUCUGUGGUUUUCAUAUCAACAUUGUGCGGUUGCCUUUUACUUUUAGCCGCCAAGUUAGAACAUCGACCCGCGUCGGGUCAAUACGCUUUUUUCUCUAUCUUGGCGUCUAUUUGUCAGCAAUUCUUUGAAGACGAUUUUGUUGAAAUGGGAAGGUCGUCAAGCGCUCGAAAACUAACAAUCCUGGUGACGGGCCUAGCCUGUGUCCUUAUCUACAACUACUACACGAGUAGCGUGGUGAGCUGGCUCCUCAACGGUCCACCGCCUUCCAUCAACUCUUUGCAAGAACUCUACGAUAGUCCUUUGCAGCUCAUCUAUGAAGAUAUUGGCUAUUCGAGAUCCUGGCUAAAGUCGCCAGAUUACUACUUCAACAAGAAGAAUAUGAAGAUCGAAAACCUGAUGCGUCAAAAGAAUGUGUUGAAUAGAAAAACAAGUGAUGUACUUACCAGUUUGGACCGAGGCAUCGCUAUGGUUAAAGCUGGAGGUUACGCGUUCCACACAGAAGUUGAGAGCGCCAAUCGCUACAUCUCACAGACAUUCACACAAGACGAGCUGUGUGAACUGGGCUCUGUGCAGUCUAUGGAGAAAACUGUUCUGUUUCCUAUUGUUCAGAAAAAUAGCCCGUAUAUUGAGUUCUUGAACUGGAGUCUGAAGCGCUUCAUGGAGCGCGGUAUAGUCUCCCUCACUGGUCACCGCACCAGGUCCACCCAGGUGACGUGUGAGGGGAGCUCCCCUCGGGCAUUAGCGCUGGGGGGAGCGGCGCCGGCGUUCAUACUCUUAGCCAUUGGAUAUAUUGUUGCGACUGUUAUUAUGCUUAUAGAACGGUAA